AUGGGAGAUAAAUAUGGCUCCGAUGUGUACCUGCCGAUGCCAGUCAACAGAGACCAGCUUGGUCAAAGGAAGGUGGAGAAGAUUCAACGAGAGAUUGAAAGAUUGGAAAAAGAGCAGGUGAACAAGAAAGAGUUGAUUGAGAGACUCAGUCGUUUACAACAAAAUGAAGACAGACAGAAGGAAAUACAAAACAAUGUCUUAAAUCGACACAACAAAGACCAACUUUUAUUGGCAGAGAAGGAGCGUACACAUGGCAGGGACAGUGUUGCAAGCAUAAAAAAUGGUGAAAAUAUAGAUAGUGUCAUCGCUCAGAGAACAAAGGAAUAUUCAAGGCAACAGAAUGCAGUAGAAUUAGAAGCAAGAUUUCUGGUCCAGGAACGAGACCGAUUGCAAGCAGCCAGGGAGAAAGUGAGGGAGCAGAGACGUGCACUACAAACCAUGACACCUGCGGACUCUGUGUUGAGUGCGCCUGACAUUGUCCAGAGAGGAGGUGGGUCUGGGGCAAGGCCUUACUCCCGUCUCAGUGUGGCUACUCCAGAGAGAGCCGUACAUAGUGUGGAUGCAACCAUCAAGGACACAAUCAAAACUCUGCCACAGACAGUUGAUAAAAUCAUGCGUUUGAGACAGGAUGUUCAGCGGCAUUACGAGAAAUACAAACGGCCAUACCGCGGUGAGAUGGGCAUCCAAUCUUACAAGCCACAACAAAUAGAACACUACUUCCUUGUGAGAGCCAUCUUGGAUGAUGUAGUGACAGGAUUCUUGGACUCCUACUUCAAGCCGGCCAUCCCUCUAGUAGAGAAGGAAGCCUACACGGCUUUAGUAGAAAAGGACAGCAAGGACCUGGAAAAAGCAGCCAUUGCUCUGUCAGAGAGGAAGGCAGUCCAGCUCAUCAUGGAAGAACUUGUACUAGACGUGACAGCUGACAUGACCAAGGAGGCAGUGGAUGAACAGAAACAUACAUAUGGUAUGGUCAGGAACAUGGCCUUCAAGGAACUAAUGAACAGGACUGAGGCUAUAGUACUUGGAGAGGAUCAAGGGAGACAACCCAAUGAUCAAGGAUACAGUAUGGUUACAAAGACAUUCUUUGGAUACCAACAACAGAGGAACAGACAGAGGAUGGAACUUUGGGGUCACUCUCAGCCAUUCACAGUCAAGGCAGCACCACAACGCAUCAGAAAGAAAAAACCUGAAAAGAAGAAGAAAGAAGAGGUGGCGGAUGAAGAAGGGGAAAAGGACGACGAGGAGGACCCAGACAUCAUAGUACUAGAAUAUCAUCAAAUCAUUCCUGUAGAUAUUAGGGCAUAUGAACCUAUACGCACUGACACACCAGAUGUCAAACGAACUAAACGCAUUUAUCAAACAUAUAUGAACAAGGAAGUGGAAUAUUGGUCGAGGAUGGAGGCCACUCUACAUCGUAUAGAUCUGCCUAAAAGAUGUGGAGGUGUACUGUCCAUGGCUAGAUCCCCAAAUCAACGUUUUCUUGCAGUGGGAACUAUCCAUGGGGAUUGUAUCGUCUAUGAUACUUGGACAGCGCCAUGGAGACCCAUUAAAGUCAUAGUGAACAAUCAGAAAGGAAAUGACGCCAUUUUGUAUAUUGCCUGGAGUCUGGACAACUCUCGGCUCAUUACAACUACUGCCUCCGGUUUAGUCAAUAUAUGGUCAUUCUUGGGUGGAGGACUGAGGAAGGCCGACACAAAGUCACUAGGUAUCCAGCCAGACUCAGAUGGUCAGCUUCCUAAACAGCUGGGACUUAUGUUCCAAUUUGAUGUAGAUGAGAAUGAUUUCAUGUUUUACCAAGGGCCAUUUGUGGAACAGGAAACUCUAACCCAGAGCUUCACACCAACAGUCGCCUCUUUCUACCCUAGUUUUACGCUCUUUGGAAUCCAGAACAUGAUCUGCAUUGCUUUGGAGAACGGAGAUGUCCUUAAAGCUGACCUGGAAUAUGCUCUUGGCAGCUCUGGAUCAGCUGAGUUUACAGAGGCCCCGAAGAUCCUCAAUCAAAUGAACUUUGAGGAGCUUGAAGGUAUUAAUGUAAUAGGGAAAGGCAUUGAGGCAGAGCUACUGAGACGACAUAAAACCAUCAUCACAUUCAUGGGAUAUGUGGACAACAUCAACCGCAUGGUCACUGUUGACACCGAUGGUUAUAUCAUGCUGUGGAAACUUGACAGUGAGAAUAUGACCACAACAGGAUGGUAUGUUCCUGAGUUUAAAUACCGGAUUGCCGCAUCAAAGGCCAUGUACACACCAAUCACCAAGGAGAAGCCAAAGGUAAGAGGUCAUAUCAUAAGCAUUGUAACACUGAUUUUUACAUCCCUUCAGAUGAUUUUCACAGACCGACUGUCACAGAUGCCUGGUGAACGUCCAAGGACACUUCAAGAGAUAGCCAAGCAAAGAAAGACAACACAGACCACCUUAGACAAUAUGCAGCUGGGUGAUCCCUGGCAUAAAGAAAUUUUGAGGGACGACGGCCUCACACUGUUAGUGUAUGCCCCAAAAGGUGGUGUAAAGACUACAGGUGCCAUGUUCCAUCUUGUCAUGAGACACAUUGAGACUGACACGCUUUCUUCCUACGUAACACGCAUGUACAAACCCAUAAAGGUGAAACACACUAAGUUGUUUGAACCCAAGAUGUCUAUCAACGGGCGAGAUAUGAUCUUUCUUAUGCUUUUUCCAUCAUACCCUCCCAAAGCUGCCCACCUGACGAUUGUUGUGUGUGACCUGACUAUCGGAGAACUGAAACCUUUUAGACGCGACAUCCACCUCACUACUGCGGAGUACAACGACAUCCUAGAAAAUGAUGUUGUACAGUAUGAUGUCAGUCAGACGUAUGGACCAACAGGUUCUUCCUACGUUUUUGUCAACAUCCGGGGUGAGCUGAAAGCUUUUUCUCUCACCUCAGGGCGACAAAUUGUUAUGAUGGAACGCGAGGAGGACAGAUUUUCAGGUUUCCCGGGCUGUCUUAUUGAUGCCUCUGACUGGGAACUGCCACGGAAUUUGGAGGUCAGUCUGGUGUGUUCCAAGGGCAAGAUGUAUGCUGUUUUCUAUGGACAGAAAAUUAACUACAUCUCAAUCAUCACUUUCACCGACACCAACUCCUACAGACAGCGGAGAGCCAUGUGGAAGUCUUAUGAAGUCUGGACAGAGCACCAGGUUAUGCCAAUUGAACAGCGAUGUAACUUUAUUACACAAGAAUUGGCAGACACCCAGCAUCCUAGUGUGUACAUGCGUAGUCUUGUUAUAGAAUGUAUGGACAAAGCUAUUAGGCAGUCGGAUGGUGUGGACUUCACCAAUGACUUCCUAUUUGAAAACCAGGCUAUUGACAAAAUAGAAAAUUACCUUGCUCUACAGGAGGAGGUUGAGAAAUCCGACCUUUUGAUAGACACGGCUGCAAAACCUGUGGAAGAGGAUCCGGAAGAGAAAGACAAGACAAACUUUGCUCCUGAAGAUUACCUCAUCUCUUAA